AAAACUCACGCGGAAAAGGCGCUCUCUUCAGUUUUGCCAUGAACGCAAAAAAGCGAUACUGACCAUAUACGGUAGUUACCAAACGCAUAUCCGCAAUUUUAUUGCUUUGUGAGGAUGAUCACUGGAACAGGAGGAGAUGGCAUCUCUUUUGGUAAUCAUCGCGGGAUAACUAUCUAGUCCUAUUCCUGUUGACCUCGUGUAGUCAUAUCUACGUCUUCACGUCAGAUCUAGAUCAAGAGUCAGAAAAUGGCGCUCUAAAAAUAGCCGCACACGUCACUGCGCUAAUCAGUUAUAGUACUAGUAACUCCAUGAGGAAGAAAUUGCCAUUCUCUCUCUUUUCCAAAUAAACUGUGCCCCGUGCCAUUUCUCGCUAUCUUUGUUACCUUACAUUUAGCGCCCUCAGAUGUUGUGCCGCGCCAAAAACUAUAAGGACAGUCGUUAAUUAUCGCUGUCUCCUUUCGCGUGGCUGUUACAGUAAUCACAGGGGAUCGAUCUUUGCUGCAUAUGGCGGAAUGAUGUCUCUUCCUCCUGCCAUCAUUAUACAGUCUUCCCCGUGCCACCACCCCGCGCAUCUCAUGGUAUCGCCCGGGAUCGCGCGCCUCGCUACCUGUGAACGCCGGGCAUUUCCAUUUGAAUACCUGCGCCGGGAUAGGUACAGGUAGACUAGAGGCCACAACCCGGAAAAGAACAGAGGCAAAAGCCCGUGCCCAAGCUCCGUGUACAGCAGGGAUCCUGUCACGUUGCACAGUGUGAGUGUGUGUAUGAUGACGCAGCGUUCCGUGCUCGCCACCUUCUGAGGUUAGGGUCAUUUCACUUUCAGAUCCGUCGGGUCCCAGGUGGCACCGAGGAAGACUUCCCUCUCCAGGGCACCUUACGGACCGCGCGUUUGUCUGUCUAGCUCACGGGGACUCCGGUAGCGGUGUCAGGUCGUACCAGGUGUGCCACACGCUACCUUAUAGCGCAUGAUGAAGGGGCAAGUGGACCUACCGCUGAUGAAGCCAAACCACGGGCUACCGCGGGGCCUGAACCCGGUCCUGGGUCUGCCAAUGUCGCCGCCAAUGUCACACCAACAGGCCUACGGCGCACCGUACUACAAUACGAGUAUGGAGGCCGUGUGGCACGGCGAGUUCUCCAAGCUCUUCUCGCAGUUCUACCCGCACUUGUGGUACCUCAUCCCGAGCCCAGCUGCACCUAGCCCCCGCUGGUACCGUUUCAGGGACUCCGCCAAGGUCCGCUUCUCUUGUCAGCAAUGCGGCAAUGGCUGGACGUCCAUGAAGGGGCGGGUGAUCUUCUGGUACUACCUGAACCCGCAGGGCGUGCCGGUUCCUGAGGGCUAUCUGCACUUCAAGUUGUACGGGCAGCAGUGCAAGAGGUGUAAGAACGGUCGGUUCGAGAUGGCCAUGUGGUAUCCGGAAGAGGUGGUCAAGGUGCUAGGGAACGUGUACAACCGCGUGGGGCAGACGUACUACGGCUUCUACCAGCCGCCCCUCAGACAGGACCGCCGGCCGGGUAAGCCUCGCACCCAGCACAACGCCGAACUGUGCCAGGCCUGUAAGGACGGCGAGUGCACCAACGCGCACUAGAGCGGCGGCGCCCCGGAGGUGUCUGCCACACCAGGCUAUCCAUGCGUAGCCAUACGUUUUUAUACACACUGUGAUCAAUCACGAGGGCAGGUGAAACUAUAAUAUCAUUGGUUGAUUCCAAUGCCAAACCGACCAAUAGAAUUACAGAUUAGAAAACUACUCCGGCUUUACUAGCUGUCCCUUAUACUAGAUGUUUGAGCUGGGCUCUCUUUGCUUACAGUCUCUUGGCGAGUACUUUUAUCUCGACUUAACUGAAGAUUAUUGGUGAUAAAGGUUUGGGUGUGGGAUAGUUAUGCUGUAAUACAACUCUAGUAUGAUAUAGGAUGGACGUACCCCAAUUUUUACUGUAUUUCCUACCAACCUCAAGUUGAUUAGACAUACGCUUUACCAUUUCAUAUGAACGCAUGGCUAGCUGGCCUCCGAUUGGACAUCAGCUAUUGGUUGUUAGCUAUGAGCUAUUGGUAGGCAAAGUUUGACUAGCUGUCUAUUGGAUGUCAGCUCGAGGUGACAGCCAAUGGCUAUCAUCAUUUGGGUGUCAGUUACGAACUGUCACCCUAUUGGUUACCAGCUAUUGGCUAUCAUCUCAUUGGAUAUCCGCUUCGCGAAGCAUCGCAUUGGUUGUUACCUAUUCGCUAUCAUUCUAGCUUACAUGCAAGGCAUCAACCGCCAUCUUUAAAUAUUUGGGACAUUUGGGUAUUUUUGCUGUAGUGAGAAUUACCAACUAUUCACGAAAACAACCAUUUGGUCGUUUUAUCGCUUAAAUCUCAGCGUAGUGUGAUUCUUUGUUGGUCGGUAAGGCACUGUGUUUGUAUGUAUAUAUCUAUAUCUAUAACUAAGGGAGGGGUAUACCACAGCGCUCCCUCUGUCCUCAUCAAAAUGCCACUCGUGCCACUGACACGAUUCCACGGUGUUCCGUAGCCUCACGGUUGAAACUUUUCCUUUUUGAAUUUUAGUGAUUUGACUUAAUAAGUUGUUAAAUCGUGUGCAAAAAAAAUAUAAAGAACGUCUGUUGUCCAUUUCGUUUGGACUUGACCAUUUGCAUAUAUUCAUGCGAAUAUGUGAUGUUAUGAAAAUCCUAGAUAUUGAUAUAGCGCAUGCGCAAAAGAACACAGCGCGCGCAAUCGGUUGAGCCCAAACAAAUGGACACAAGUCAGUGACAAUGUCUUGAACUGAAGCGAAAUGGUUGGCGAAGCCACAAAGUUGGUGGUUGAGACUAAGCGAGCUUCUCAAUUGAUAAUUACGUGAAAAUGUUAUAUUUCUACGUUUGUGAUUUUUAAAACUGACACGCAUUUUGCAAUGUAGGGUGAUUUUUAGCAUUGGGGCUGAGGGCAUAGUUCUAACACUCAUAAAGCAAUGUCAAUGGUAUAUAAGCUUGUAUUGUAAGGGCGGACGCUGUAGGAAAGGGGUAAUGUCCAAAGGUUUAAGAACCAUGGUCUGCCUUGUCAUUUCAAAUGAGAUAUGAAUUAAAUAUAUCGUGUGUAGUAUUUACAGUAUUAUGAUUUAGGCCAUGUUGACUCGAUUACAUGGAUGACAUCCUCUGGGGACCCCAAAGUUGAUGCGAGCGUGCGAAAUAAAACUAGUAUAAACGAAAUAAAAGUUUGGCAAAAACGCUAUGACAUCUAAGUGGUUAGGAAGGUUGAACAUAUGACUAAACACAGAGUAUGUUUUACCGAACAAUAGAGUUUUCAUUUUCGUUCUUUCACUUUGGCUUUGGCAUAUCCCUUUC